AUGGCCAAUCCUACACCUCUUACCUAUCAUAAUGAGAUCUAUGCAGCUGGUCUCCGAGACAAGAAACCCGGAAUCACCUUCAAUACUCUAGAGUGGGAGGCGCUCGCGAAAGAACGCCUGUCAAAAGAAAGCUUUGGAUAUGUCUGGGGAUCCGCUGGCACCAGAGAAACGGACGACAACAAUCGCGCCGCAUUCAAAAAAUGGGGGAUCCUACCCUCCCGCCUGGUGGACACGGAGUUUUCAAGUUUGAAAACUACACUCUUCGGUCAGGAAUAUGAUUAUCCUAUUGCAAUGGCACCUGUUGGUGUCCAGCGUAUCUUCCACCGGGAUGGAGAGAUUGCCUCUGCUUCGGCGGCUAAAAGAGAACAUGUGACAUACAUCCUCAGCAGUGCCACUUGUACAAGCACUGAGAAUGUGGCAAAAGCAAAUGAAAACGGUUCCCGCUGGUUUCAACUCUAUUGGCCAGCCAAUGAGAGCAAUGAUAUUACUGCCAGUCUCCUGAAGAGAGCCAAGGCGAAUGGCUACAAGGUUUUGGUGGUCACGCUUGAUACUUAUACCCUGGGAUGGCGUCCCUCCGACAUCGAUAAUGCAUUCAAUCCUUUCCUCCGUGCCGAUAAUAUUGGUGUUGAGAUCGGGUUCUCUGACCCUGUCUUCCGCCGCCAGUUUUAUGAGCAAACUGGAAAACAAAUUGAGGAGGACAUGGGGGCUGCUGCCGCCGAGUGGAUACACAAUCUUAUUCCCGGAAAGAGUCACUCAUGGCAGGACAUCAAAUUUCUUCAGGAACACUGGGAUGGGCCAAUUGUUCUCAAAGGUAUCCAAACUAUUGCUGAUGCCCAACACGCCCUUGAGGUUGGAGUACAAGGCAUCGUUGUGUCCAAUCACGGCGGACGCCAACAAGAUGGAUGGGUCGCUUCCCUCGAAGUUCUCCCCGAAAUCGUGGAUGCUGUGGGUGACAAACUUGAAAUCAUUUUUGAUUCGGGCGUUCGAUGCGGUGCUGAUGUUGUUAAGGCAUUGGCGCUGGGUGCGAAAAUGGUAUUGAUUGGAAGACCAUACAUUUAUGGUCUAGCAUUGGGAGGGGAAGAAGGAGUCUCUCAUGUCUUGCGCAGUAUUCUGGCAGAACUCCAACUCACUCUGCACUUGUCGGGGAUCCCGUCGGUAUCCCCUGUUCACCUAAAUCGGUCUGUAUUACGCCGAACAGCUUAA